AUGAAGUUUGAUGCUACGAAGCUCUACGACUUCUUCAAUGUGAAGCUCUAUAGAGCUUCUGAUGCCGAAGGAGGCGGUUGGAAUGGAUACGGACAAGGACAUCUCUGUGUCAAUUUCAUCAACAAAUACGAUGGUUGUGCAUUUGAUUGUCGAGGAAUGGGACAAUUGACCUACCACAAUGAACUCACCAAAGCAGGUGGUCUGAACUUGUGCAUUGUCAAAAACUUUGUAAUUGAACUCUCUGAGAAGGAGCCUAGACUUACAUUCAAGGGCGCUUCCGACGUAUUCGGAAGCAACGGCUUGAAGAAUAUGUACACCAUGAAGAUGGGUUCGUUUGAAGAUGCAAAACGGCUCGUGUCCAUUGUGCAUCUUCUAGAACGAGCGGCAAAUCAAGCUGCAGAAGGCAACCGCAUUUUGCUCCCAGGUCCACAGUCUGUCGAGGCUAUCACUGCUCGUACCUUGAUUGGUGCUGAUGAGACGCAAGUCGAACGCCAGCUGAUUGUUUCCAAGCUCAUCCAGCUUGCAAUCGAAAAAGACAGAGACUUCCCUUCGGUAUCCCAUGCUGGUCAUUAUGCUGCAGAUCAUACCUUCAAUCUUGGAGACGACACUGUUGACAAUACUAAUGGUGCUGAAACUGAUAACACUGACGCUGCUGCUUCAUUCCAUCAUCUUGAUACAGCCGAUGAAGUCAACUAUGAGGAUGAGUCGAACGAAGAAGCUGAGUUUGAACCUCUAACUCCUGACAGUGCCAAAUGGCAAGAGUCGCAACAGUGGCAAUUCGCAUUCUAA